ACCCUCUGGACCCGCCCCCAACCCUCACCAACGCUGUCCGCGGCCUUCUGUCCAAGCAGAGGAGCCACAGUUGCGGAAGAAUGGAACCGGCGGCGGGUGGCUUCUCGGAGGAGCAGUUCCGGGAGGCCUGCGCAGAACUGCAGCAGCCCGCGCUCGCCGGGGCCGACUGGCAGCUGCUGGUGGAGACCUUGGGCAUUAGCAUCUACCGGCUGUUGGACCAGCAGACUGGGCUUUAUGAGUAUAAAGUCUUCGGUAUCCUGGAGGAUUGUCCACCAGCUCUGCUUGCAGAUGUCUACCUGGACUUAGACUACAGAAAACAGUGGGACCAGUAUGUUAAAGAAGUCUAUGAAAAAGAAUGCAAUGGAGAGACUGUGGUCUACUGGGAAGUGAAGUACCCUUUUCCCAUGUCCAACAGAGAUUAUGUCUACCUCCGGCAGCGGCAAGAGCUGGAGAUGGAAGGGCAGAAGAUCUAUGUGAUCCUGGCCCAGAGCACUUCCAUGCCUCAGUUUGCCGAGAAACCGGGUGUGAUCCGGGUGAAGCAGUACAAGCAGAGCCUGGCGAUUGAGAGCGAUGGCAAGAAGGGGAGCAAAGUUUUCAUGUAUUACUUUGAUAACCCAGGUGGCCAGAUUCCGUCCUGGCUCAUUAACUGGGCUGCCAAGAAUGGAGUUCCUAACUUCCUGAAGGACAUGGCGAAAGCCUGUCACAGAUACCUCAAGAAAACCUAAGAAAAGGAAUGGGGAAUCACGUGUCUGUCCAUGGAAGGAUGUCUCUGGAAGUGCCACGACCCACGAUGUUCAGCUUUCUGUUUGUCUUCAGAGGCCUGCACACUCUACAGCACGUCAUCCCUGAACUUGUUUGCCUAAGGGUGGGAGCCUCGCUCCUGCCAGCUUCCUUUCCCACUCUCCCCACCCCAGGACUGCUACUGACUAUGGGUAGGAUUAGGGAAACCUUUGCUUGUUUAUUUUUAAAAAGGGAAGUCCUCAAUAUGGAACACAAUCAUUCUAUUGUACCAUUUUUGGGGGAUGGGUGGGUGGAGGACAGACAACAAAACAGCAAGAAUGACCGCUCCCUGGAAAGCUGGUUCCUUCCCAGAAUGUGAUUUCUUACAAGUCUGGAGUGGCUGCUGGAAGUUGCAUUCCAUCCAGAGCUGACUUUCAGUGAGGACACUUGCUGAUGUCUAUUUGCCUUAGGCUUUGUUGACUUGAUUAGGUUGGGAUGUGAAGUGAUAAUCCAGUCAGUCUCUCCUCUUCCUACGUGUCCCUAUUAUGGUAUCAAACCAUUUUGAAACACAUUGCAGGCCUGACUGAGCACAUAGUGUGAUAACCAUUUUUUCCUCAUCAUCCAUGCCUAGGUUUUUCUCUUUCUUGUAUGCCGUUGGGUAAAGGCUGCCCAUACGUUUCUAGCUCUGCGCUUGACUGGAAAUGGAGACAUCAAGAUGGUUCUGGCAGCUCACAAAAGCUAGUGAAAGAUGCUUUGUGCAUAGCAUCACGAUAAAGUGGCUUUAUAUGCAAUAAGAUGAAUUUCCCUUCUGGAAUAUUUGGACAUGUUGAAGGGAUAAUAGCUCACAGCCAGGGAAAAUUUAAUGAGUGGCUUGGUUGACUCCACACCUUUUUCUCAGGAAAUCUGCCUAAGUUGCCUGUCUCUUAAACGCCACCAAAAGGAAUUUCAGUUUCCUAUAUUUUCUCCUGAAUUUUGAUAGGGAAAAGUAUUCUGUGGCCAAAGGCACAGCCUUGAUGAUCUCAGGGAAGAAUUUUAACCAGCGUGUGAAGUUACCAAACCUCAAUUAAUGGGCAUAGAAACUCCAGUUGUAAAGCCAGAAGGAGGGAGUUUAUCAUACGGGGAUAUCUCAGACUGUAUGUUUUCUCUCUGGGAAGGAAAGGGUAAUCCAUACAGAAUAAAUACAGAGCGACUUAUACUUGCUGGGUGUACAGCUUCCUACUUACUUACCUUUGUUCCUUUUGUGAGAAUGAAUCAGUUAGUUCUCUUCUGAUUGCAAGUGAUAUCCAACGUAACUCAAGCGGACUUAAUUUUUUUUGAGCUCACAUACAUGGAAGGCCAGGUUUAGCACUGCCUCAGGUAGGGAUUGAUACAGGUGCUCAAACAAUGAUUUUGGAUUCAACUCUGUUCUUCCUCAAGUUAUCUUUGAUCUUGAUCUGCAUUUGAUGGCAGUAGGUCAGCCUGCAUCUUCCCAGAUUCGUGCCAAGCAAAAAAAGAUAGUUUUUUUUUUUUUUUCUGGUAGGUUCUGCAUCAUCCUAUGAUUUUCUUUAAACCGUCUGUCUAUCCCUGCCCCAGUCAUUGCAGUCAUUAUGGAUAGAAUUAUGCAAAUAAGUAAAUACCUCAUCAAUUUAUCCUUAAAAUAUUAUUAUCUGUGAAGUAGCUGGUAUUUAAUUUUAGAUUAAAUCUAAAUGCCUCGUGUGAUGGUUAAACUGAAAUUUCAUGUGUAGACUCACUUUUUUGGAACACAAGCACUGAAAGAGGUUAUACUCUUUGAACCAAGAAUCUACACAAAAUGGUGUCAUGCAAACCAUAUCUUUAAACAAGAUUCAAUAAUUUGCUAAGAACCCCAGGGCUCCUAAGAAGACUGCAUUUCUAGGUAUGGCAUCUAGGAAAAAAAGAUCAUAAAGUUUGUUAUAUUUAGUAGAGUUGUGACUUUUUGGCAUUUAUGCUUGCUAAUUUGGAGUAGAUGACUGUUCUCUAAUAGCAUUGUGGUGUAAGGUCAGGUGGGAAACUGAACCCCUCCCUGAGCCAGUAGUAGAUGCCAGAGGUACAAAAACUGUAGAACUGGUACUUCAGGGGUUGCACCCGAUUCUUCAGGGUUUGUCUUUCUGCAGGGCUCGAUGUAUUCUUUGGAAUUUGAAAGUAAAUGUAUUGUCAUACCUCUAACAUUUUGCUUUACUUAUUUUUUCCAUGCCUGUCUCUCUCAAAGGAGCCCUGGUGGUACAGUGGUUAAGCAUUUGGCUCCUAACCAAAAGGUUGGCGGUUCAGACCCACCAGCUGCUUCUCA